GGCGGCACAGACAGCAGCAGCCACAGAACGCCGCGUGGGUCACAUACCGUGCGAUUCCAGGAAGGCACUCGGGAGCGAAAUGGGAAUGGGAAUGGGAGGCCACUGUACAGGAGAGCAGAUUCCGUCAGGGAGAGAUAUGCGCAACUCAACGACUCGACCCAGGGCUUCAAAUACACGGAAAAACUCCUCCAGCUGGUUGGUGACGAGAAGUACGACGAGGUGAAGGCCCUCUUGCAGGAGGGGGCGGACGUCAACGUUAAAGACGAAGGGACGGACACGACAGCCUUGCACGUCGCGGCUUCGAACGGGUUCACAGGAAUACUCAGGCUGUUGCUGGACGAGGGAGCGUACGUCAAUGCUCAAGACAGCACGGAACAAACCCCUCUACAUAUUGCUGUACGGAAGGACCACAUCGACUGCUGCCAGUUACUGCUGGAGCAUCCGAACAUCGAGGUCAACCUGUGCAACAAAGAGCGAAAUACCAUAUUGCACGUAGCAGCCAAGGAGGGCAGGUAUGACGUUUGCAACAUGAUUCUCGAUCAGUCGCAGCUUGACGUUAAUGUCAAAAACAAGCGAGGCAUGACGGCCUUGCAUCUCGCAGCUCAGGAGAAUCAGCCGCGGGUGUUGCAGCUCCUCCUUGAAAAGGGGGCCUUAGACUGGAAAAUCCAGGAUUCUAAUUUCUACUUGGCUCUGCAUUACGCGGCACAGAAGGGGUUUCCCGAAUGCUGCGAAGUAUUGAUGUCGACAGAUAUCAAAGACAACAAAGUCAAGCAGCUUUCAACUUGUUUAAAAGAUGGCAAAACAGCCCUUAUGCUAGCUGCUAAAAAUGGCCAUCAUAAAUGUUGUGAGAAACUAGCAUCAAACAAUAUUAACGCGAAGGAUAAGUCUGGCGCCACCGCCUUGCAUUAUGCAGCUUCCGGAGGUUACGAAAUCACAGUUUCUGAACUGCUAGCAAUGGGAGCGAACCCGAACACGCAGAACCGGAAGGGCAGCGCCCCAGUCCUCGAUGCGGCGUCGAAGAAGAGGCCGGGCUGCCUGAAGGCCCUGCUGGCCAAGGAAGUGAAUCUGGGUGUCUUCGAUAAGCACGGCAAGGGGGUCCUGCACCACGCAGCUGAAAAGAACGCCGAAGAAUGCUUGGCACUGCUGUUAGAAAUUCCUAGCGUGCUGUCAAUCCUGGACCGCAAAGACAAGGACAGCUGCACAGCACUCCACUUGGCCAUUAAGAGGGAGGCAGUCCAAUGUGCCCUCCUGCUUUUGGAGAAGGGAUCCUCGGCGACGGAGGAGUGCGUGGGCGGGAUGACCCCCCUCCACCUCGCCGCUGACAAGGGGUAUACGAUCAUCUGCGAGAAACUGUUCACCAUGCCGGGAGUGCAAGUCAGCAAGGAGAACGAGAUGAAAGCGACGCCCUUGCAUUUAGCAGCAUUGCACGGAUCGGUAGAUGUCUGCCAGAUGCUGCUGCGGAAGGGGGCGCGGCAGACGGCGGUCGACGUGCACGGGCGGACGGCACUGCACUUGGCGUCCGGGAAGGGAAAUGCCAACGUGGUCAAGUUCCUGUGUCGGAAGGGCGUCCCGAACAAGGCGAAGGAUGACACCGGGUCGACUGCGUUGCAUCUUGCAGCUGCGUCGUCAGAAGGAGCGCUGGAAUGUUGCAAAAUCCUGACAGCUAACGCAAAGGCACUUAACUGGGACACAGAUCGAGACCAGAAGCUGCCGAUCGACAGAGCCUAUGAAAAGGGUCAUGACGAGAUCUUCAAACUUCUCCUAAAGAAAUUAGUCUUCAAGGAUAACCAGGACAAUCGCAUGCUGACUCUGCAUAAAUAUAUGCAUGAAGCCUUACUCGCCAAGAGGAUGAGCAUUGUGGAGGCCAUCAUAGACAGCGAGUGGUGGGAAUCGGGUUUUACGGGGAAAAAUGGCCACCACUGUGAGAACUUCCGGAUGCUGGUGAUGUUCUACCCGGAGCUGGCUCUCGAGGUCCAAGAGAAGUGUGUCGAACGCGUUUCAAGCUCCGAGACGCGAUAUGAUUUGAGGCUGUACAAUGAUAACUAUUAUAUCCCAGCAGACACGGAGAAGCGUGCCCUCAGCCCCUUCGACCAGGCCACAGGAUCUGUCCUACCGAAGGCACAGCACUUCACCGACGGUCUAGAAUGGAAGAACUCGCACCCCCUGGCACUCAUGGUCUCUCACCACCGCUACCAGAACCUGCUGCACCCUCUCUCCAAGGCGUGGAUGCUGCAGCAGUGGAGGUCUUACGCCUACAAGAUCUUCCUCCUCUUGCUCGUGUACGAGUUGUUCCUCGUCGGGAGUUUGAUCGGGUUCAUGGCCUGUGUCGACAACUGGAAUCACAUUGAAACACGCUGCAACUUCACGAAAGACGCAUUCGUGUUGGCAUCAGAAGAGUACGAUUCCUUGAGUAAUGACACGAAAGCGCAGUUUGACGAGUGCAAUGCAACCGUACCCACGAAAUUUGCGUUAUGGAUAGCACUAAUUCUUGUCAUGUGUUUCAUGCUGAUUUUGGAAGCCAAUUUCUUACUCAGGCUGAAGACGGAGUAUUUCUUCCUCCCUGGAAAUCUAGUGCGGGAGCUUCGGUCAGUUUGCACACUAGUCAUUUUGAUUCCCCUUGGACUUUGUCAGUACAAUUACCUUGUGUUAGAUAUUAUACAGUGGCAGUUUGGCAUUGCAGCCCUUCUUCUAGGCUGGCUCCAUCUCAUAAACACGCUCAAUGAACUGCCAAUGUUGUCUGUCUUCAUGCCCAUCACAAACAGUUUCAUGAAGAGCUUCUUCAAGGUUCUCUUCUACAUCAUUAUGCUCGUUUUUAUUUUCGCCUUCAUCUUCCAUCUCCUCCUUCAGGAUCAGGAUGCCUUCUUCACUGUGCCACAGGCCAUGGUGAAGACUAUAGUGUGGAUGCUCGGUGAUUUGGCUUAUGAUGACACCUUUCUGGCUGACAAGAGCACUCUCCUUUACCCUGUUAUGGUGAACAUUCUCUUCGUGGUGUUUGUCACUGUCAUUGGCGGUUUCAUUGUGAACUUGAUCAUCACGCAGCCAUCCAAUAAACUAGAUGACUUCAGGGAGAAGGCUUCGUUCCAUCUCGCAGCAAACCGAGUUGCUCUCUUCCUCCGUUUGGACAUCUGCUUCCCCUUCUUUAAGAAAAUAAGGAUGACCCGGUUCUUCAUAGACAAUAUAAAGGACCAACACCAUAAUUUUCUGAUAAAGAAACUCCUCAUGCUUGACACAAAGGAGGAAGCACCUGAAGCACCCACUCCUCUACAAGUCCAAUUGGAAGAACAGAGUAAGCAGAUCAGCAUGUUACUGAACUUACAAAUGGAACAAAAGGAGGAAAUACAAGAACUAAAACACCAACUGAAAAUAUUGGUUAAUAAGACUCUGCAGUAAAUUCUGAAUUCUGAUUGUUGAAUAUAACUUGUUUGCAAAGAUACUUAUAUAUAGUAUAGAAUCUUGUUUUUGUUUUGUUUGUACUGUGCCUGAGCAGUGAUUUGUGCAAGUCCUAUGUGCUUUGAUAAGUUAAUUUAGUUCUUUAAAAAGCAAUUGCACUCCAGUAUAUCUUCUUUUGUAAUCUCAACUCAACAGCUUCUUCUAGCAUUUCUUUGGCCGUAAGGAAUAAAAUAUGUCUACAAUGAA